UGUUAGAUACAACCAUUGCCGCUCUCAAAAGAUCAUGGGUCUUUUUCAGAGUUGUUUUGCCAGAAAUAACAAAGUGGGCGUGAUGAAGGAAGAGAUGGAUGCGUACGAGAAAGUACGACGUGCAAUGGUUACAGAGGAAGUAACAAAAAAGAAAGGCGGUGUGGCCUUUGAUCUUACCUUCGUUUCAGAGGAAACCCCAAAGAUGGCUCCACCCAGAUUGCUUGAGAACAACAAAAAGGAAGACUUUGAAAAAUGGAGAGAAUCUAAGAAAAAAGCCCAGAUCGAGAAGCAGGAGCGGGCACAGCAGAACAGAGAGGAAGCCCGUAUCCAGAAAGAGAUUGAAGUGGCUCACAAGGAGAUGGAGAGGCUCGAGAAAUAUGUCAACAUCAUGGCUGAAUAAAUUGGAUCUGAACUCUUUUCAUAAAUGGAUAAAUUUAUGUUAAUUAUUAUUUUGAAGCUUGUGAUUGAAAAGUUUUGGGACCAAAGAGGGGACACCCGAGCUCUUUAUCUGCUCUGUAAUUGUUUGCUUUUAAUUCUAGUAUUUCAAUUUUCGACUUAUUUUUUUCCCUGUGGAAUCUUUCUUUUCGCAAUGUGGGGCCUUGGAGACAGAGCUAAGGCUAGCUUUGCGAAACAAAAUUUAACCAUACCAAAAUGUUCACGUCUUUCGGAACUUUGGCUCUAUAAAUACUCAUUCCGUCAGGAAUCAGGAAUGGGUAUUACGUUGGAACACCCAUCCCGUCAGUGAUCAGGGAUGGGGGUUCCUCGUCAAAAACUUCUAAAUUGUAAAUGAAUCAUCCGUUUAGAGAUGUCCAAAAGCUCCGUUGUCCUCUCUUUUCAAAAUUCUAUUAUUCCAAUGAUUAAUAAAUUGAUUGCAAGU